ACAAUCCCUGCAAGCAGGUGCUGAUGCUACACCUGUGCUGCUGCCAGCACAGCUACAGAGUGAUAUGGGGUGAUGGGUCCCAGAGCUGCCUGUGGUUAUUGCCACUCCAGGCACAGAGAGAAGAUGCUGCCCUGUGGCCCUGUUUGCACUGGGCAGGAAGGAGUUAUGGAAGUCGUCUGGACCCAGAGGCCUCUCUGUGAAGCUCUGGUGAAGAGAGGAUCCCACUGCCACUUGGACCCUCAAGAGACAAGGGAAGAAAAGAUAUCCAGCAGAAUAACAAGAAAAAUUAUGACUGAAGGGACAAUAUUCUGCAAAAAUUGCAAACGAGAUGUGUCUGCUGCCAAUUUCUCCCUCCAUGAGGCCCACUGCUUGCGGUUUCUCACUCUCUGUUCAGAAUGUGAUGAACCAGUUGCCAGAAAGAAUAUGAAAGACCAUCACACAGAAGCACACAAACAGGUCAGAUGUAAUUUUUGUUGCCAAAGUAUUCAGCAAUACCAGCUGGAGCAUCACAAGACCAAAGAAUGUCACAAACGAGCAAUGAAAUGCAAAAUCUGUGAGUUGGAAAUGCCCUUCAACAAGCUGCAGGAACACCUGAACACCUGUGCCAGCAGAACAGAGCGGUGUUGGGAGUGUAACAAAUAUGUAAUGUACAAAGACCAGAACAAACACAAAGAUACUUGUCAGAACAGUGGUCUGUCCUAUUGCAAGGAUGUGAACUUUCAAACCAAGGAAGCAUAUACUAAUGCAAAAUUUAUUGACCCCACUGGUGCCAGUGACAAUAUUUGUCUGAGGUGUAAUAAGUCAUUCCCAGAUGACCAGCACUCCCAACAUCUGAAUAAUUGCAGUGCAACCCAUAAUCUGACUGAAGUUCUUGCUGGCCAGUCAACUUCAAAACCAGUCAGUGACUCACCACCAUCUUCUUCCUCUCUGGCUCCCUUUUCCUGCUCUGUGAGUGCAACUGCACGGAAAGACAUCUCUCCCAAAGGGAAAAAAAGGGAACGUCCAUUGACCUCCAAAACCUUGCUCAAACCUCCAAAGAACAAAAAGAUGGUUGGUAUUCACUCUCCCACAAAAAGCAAACCUUCCACAUCACCUCAAGUUCUUAAAGACACUCAGUCUUGUGACAUGCUGGUGACCUGUGCCCACUGCAACACUCCUCUGCCACUUCCAGCCCUUCAGAAUCAUGAGAUCAAAUGCCUACAUUUUAUAUCUUUGAAAAAUGUUAAGAUGAACCAAACAACACACAGUGGAAAAAAAGAAGACUCUUUCUAGAGUACUCAUGAUUAAAUCUGGAAAUACAGAAACAUUUUCAGACUGAAACUUCACCUCAGCUAUAGCAAAAGGCACCCAAGGUCCAGUAACUUUAUCAACAAAGAAUAAAAGUGACUUGCUACUACAGAUCAAGAGCAAA